AUGGCGUCCGACGAGAUUAUCUGGCAAAUCAUCAACCAGCAGUUCUGCAGUUUCAAACUCUCCACAGAGAAGAAGCAGACGUUCUGCAGAAACGAGAACAAUGUCACAGGUCUCUGCAACAGACAAUCAUGCCCUCUGGCAAAUUCUCGCUAUGCCACCGUUCGACGCGCUCCGAACAAGGACACGCUGUACCUUUACAUGAAGACGAUCGAACGUGCGCACAUGCCCUCAAAGCUAUGGGAGCGCAUCAAGCUGCCCAACAACUACGCCAAGGCCUUGGAGAUGCUCGAUGAGAAGCUCAUCUACUGGCCCAAGUUCCUCGUCCACAAGUGCAAACAGCGUCUCACCCGUCUGACACAAGUCAAUAUUCGCAUGCGAAAGAUCGCCGCCGAGGAGGAGCGCAUGGGCGAGAAGCUGGUACCGAAGAUGGCACCCAAGAUCCGGCGCCGCGAGGAGGCCAGAGAGCGCAAGGCGGAGGCUGCUGCGAAGCUGGAGCGUACCAUUGAGCGCGAGCUGGUCGAGAGAUUACGUUCCGGUGCCUACGGCGAUCAACCCCUCAACGUCAGCGAGUCAAUCUGGAGGAGGGUUCUCAAUUCCAUGGAGAAGGAGGGCGCCGGCAAGCGUGAUAAGGACAUGGACCCCGGUAUGGAGUCCGACCAGGAGGGCGAGGAGGACGACGAGUCUGAGGACGACUUGGAGAAGGAAGUCGAGUACGUCUCCGACAUUGAAGAGAGUGACGAGGAGCUCGAGGACAUUGAGGACUGGCUCGAGAGCGACGAUGAUGCCGAGGAUGACGAGGAGGAGGAGGACGACGACUCUGAAGACAGCGAUGAGGAAGCGGCUCGCAAGGCUGGGGACAAGCGGAAGCGCGGCCGGGCGGUCAAGAUGAACCAGAAGAGGCUGAAGCAGAAGCAGGAGGAGCGCCCCAAGAUUGCGGAGGAAUUGACCUGGUAA